AAGAGGGAGGAGCUCGUUCUUCUGUAACUAUGGCUGAGGGGGUUACAGAAACUGAAGCUGAGAUCAGAAAUAAAUUGCAGGAACUUGUGGACAAACUUUAUUAUUUUCGAGACCACUAUUUUGAGACACACAGUGUGGACGAUGCUGCAAGGAAACAGGAUGAUGUGAUACAUGAAAUGGAGCAAACCCUUUCCCAGAUAGAAGAGAUAGAUGAUUGCUGGAAAAACAAAGCUUUCUUCCUGAUGCUAAAGGGAAAGGCUUUGAAUGUAACAGCAAAUUACAGCCAGGAGGCUGAGGAGAUUCUCUCUAAAGCAGUCAAACUGGAUCCGGGACUUGUAGAAGCUUGGAAUCAGCUUGGGGAAGUGUAUUGGAAGAAAAUGGAUGUGACAUCUGCUAAAACGUGUUUCUUGGGAGCACUAAACCAUUGUAAAAAUAAGGUCUCUCUUCGUAACUUGUCCAUGGUAAUGAGGCAGCAGCACUCACAAGAUGCUGAUGAGAGUUCCAGAAACAUCAUGGACAGCGUGAAACAAGCGAAACAGGCUGUGAGCAUGGAUACACGAGACGGUACCUCCUGGUAUAUCCUUGGAAAUGCAUAUCUCUCGCUCUUCUUUUGUACUGGACAGAAUCCUAAAAUAUCUCAACAGGCUCUAAAUGCAUAUGUGCAAGCGGAGAAAGUGGACAAGACAGCUUCUAGUAAUCCAGAUCUUCACCUCAACAGAGCAACUCUGUGUAAGUAUGAGGAGCGGUAUCAGGGGGCACUAGAUGGAUUUUCUCGAGCAGCGUGUCUGGAGCCUUCAUGGGCUGAGCCUGUUAUGAGGGAGGAGCAAUUGCUUGAUUAUCUGGAAAAACUGUUUGGCCUUCUAAGUAAUAAGGGAAAAAUUCGGGGUAAGCGGUUGCAGAAUAUGCUCAGUAGUCUGAACCCUGGACUCCUUGGUCAUUAUGGAAACACAGCAGGACUGCAGCUCAAAUCUCUUAGUUACCUGCAGCCAGGAAAAAACACUGGAUGUGUGGUGCUUGGGAAAGUUGUAUUCAGCCUAGUGCCAGAGGAACGUGUGCCAUUCACAUUUGGGCUAGUAGAUGCUGAAGAAUCAUGUUACGCAGUAAUGGUGUAUAAUAUGGUUGACAGCUGGGGCGUCCUGAUUGGGGAUUCUGUGACCAUUCCUGAACCACACCUUAAGCAGCACAGCAUACAACAUAAAGGCCAGACAUUUGUUUUCCAAAGCAUACGUGUUGAUUCCCCUGUCCAGCUUCUGGUUAAUGGCAAGGCACAAGGACCCAGUACCCAGGCCUGUGCGACAGUGGCGUACACACCCCAGAGUGAGUGAUACCUGGGACCUUUUUCCUACCUGGGAUUUUUCCUGGAUUUCCUUCUUGGCUUUGAACACAAAGAUGCAGGAUUUUUACACAACACUGAGAAAGACAAGAGAUAACUUUGAACAAUGAUGUUCUGAUGCAAAUGUUUGCAUUCUCUAUAAUCUUUCAAUACAGUGACUUAUUGCAACCCUUUUCAGCAAUUGGUUCAGUUUGCUGCAUCUCUGUCCAGCUACUCUUAGGUCAAAAUGUUUGCACCGUACUUACUGUUAUUCUUAAAUUCUUUUGCUGCUUUUUAUGUAUAUUUUUUCCUACCAUUUUCCAAACCUUUUUUAAUUUCAAUCCUGUAGUAUUUAUAAAUUAAAUGUAAGAUUAUUAUUUAUUUUUUUGAUAAUUCUAUUGUCGCUGUCACGUUUAGAUAAAAUUGCUAUUGUUAUUUGUAAAGAUUAAAAUAACAUUUAUUUA